UCCAUACAACACUGUCAGGGAAGCUUCCAUACAACACUGUCACGGAAGUUUCCAUACAACACUGUCACAGGAGCUUCCAUACAACACUGUCACGGAAGCUUCCAUACAACACUGUCACGGAAGCUUCCAUUAGCUUUGAGUCUUGGUUCCAGCGCUUGCCUAUUGAGACAGUUCUGGUCUUGGACGCCAUGAAGGUGUGCAGGCGUACCUAAUGUGGUGCCCUGUGCUUUGGGUGCCUACUAACUGGAGGCCAGCUGCAUCCAGGCGCAGAUCUUGUACACGCUUCCGGCGUUGCAGAAGAAGAAGAGGCUGAAGCACACAAUGCUGCCCACCACCAGCAGCGUGGAGAUGCCCACAAAGAACAUGGCCGUCUUGAAGGCUCCGGACGGGAUGGAGCCGAAGUCCAGGGCGCUCCCCUUGCAGAUGAGCUCCGAGGUGAGUGCGUUGCCAAUGCAGUAGUGGAAGAGUCCGAAGUAACCGGCCUGUGGCGUGUUGACGCUGUCCCCGAUCCAGUAGGGCUGGAUGAACACCACCACCGUGAUCACGGCGAAGGUGAUGGUAAACACGGUCCAGAGUACACCCACGGCGCGGGCAUUACGCACGUAGUUGGUGUGGUAGAUCUUUGCCGCCUCUUUGGCCGGCAACAUGGUGAUCUAGCAGGUCCUCUUCAGGGGAAGAAACUAUUUGAGUGGUAUGAGCAACACUGCAGAGAUCAGAAUGUAACCUACUCCAGAAGGACUGCAACUCUAGAACUGUCCUUCAUGAAUUAUUGAUGGUCAACGGAUCCUGCAGGCCUGCCAGGUGGUUGCUUAAAAGCUGCUGCAUUCACUUUCACGACAGGUAAAACACGUAUCUGAAGUAGCUCUCGUUAUAACUAAGUGCACAGUCUGUUGUGGGGAAAAGCUACAUGUAGCUAAGCUACCUCGCUUAGCUACAUUUUGCAGUUGCUUGGUGGUAGUGUGAUAUUUUCAAAUGGUCUUUCUUAAUCCAUAAUCAUGUUUGAAGCAGCUCGUAUUUCCCCAUGCCAACUUUUUGGGUCGUUAUCUUAUGUCCUCUAGUAAACUCUUGGUCAACUUUGAAGGCUUCGAGGUGUCCGCCAAGGAGUAUAACAUACUCCCUCAUCCGUUCGGAACAAAAGCUGUAUUUCUUUCUGUUUUCGCUCUACAUAAGUGGACACUUUUUGUUUGUAAGGGAUGGUCUCGUAAAGCUUUAGUAAAACGUGGACAAGUACUAUUCCAUCUCGAUGGUCCUUUUUUACGCAACAUGUAUGUCGUCCAAAAGAACUUGGGAGUGACCAGUGUGUUUUAUUCCCUGAGAGGAAGACUGGUCGCCCGCAACAAAUUGGGGGCUUCGUCCGGGAUGACACGUUGAGGAUUGAACCUCUCUGGACAGACUUGCCUGGCCAAAACAUAAAUCAAGGUCCGCAGAGCCUUUCGUAAAAUCUGCAUUAGGAGUCUGUCCUGAAGUCUGUAAGUCUAACACUGUUUUGGACCACAGGGAUAGAGCGGAAAUAUCUCACUUGAAUUUCUCUGAUGGUGUGCUCGGCUAGAUGACAUCAUACUUGUCAAAUAGAGUACAGACUGUUCACUGUCACAUUACCUUUGCUGUUCAACCAGGCUCUACCUUGGGCCAAAUUAUGUUCAGUCUCUAUGACGUACUUAGAGUCUAGUCUGCCCAGGUGUUCAUUUGCAGUGAUAUCAUGAUGAUCCAGUGCUACCUAGGUGUUCAUUUGCAGUGAUAACCUGAUGAUCCAGUGCUGCCCAGGUGUUCAUUUGCAGUGAUAUCAUGAUGAUCCAGUGCUGCCCAGGUGUUCAUUUGCAGUGAUAUCAUGAUGAUCCAGUGCUGCCCAGGUGUUCAUUUGCAGUGAUAUCAUGAUGAUCCAGUGCUGCCCAGGUGUUCAUUUUAUUCUGAUGAUCCAGUGCUGCCAAGGUGUUAAUUUGCAGUGAUAUGGUUAUGAUCCAGUGCUGCCCAGGUGUUCAUUUGCAGUGAUAUCCUGAUGAUCCAGUGCUGCCCAGGUGUUUAUUUGCAGUGAUAACCUGAUGAUCCAGUGCUGCCCAGGUGUUCAUUUGCAGUGAUAUCAUGAUGAUCCAGUGCUGCCCAGGUGUUCAUUUGCAGUGAUAACCUGAUGAUCCAGUGCUGCCUAGGUGUUCAUUUGCAGUGAUAACCUGAUGAUCCAGUGCUGCCCAGGUGUUCAUUUGCAGUGAUAUCCUGAUGAUCCAGUGCUGCCCAGGUGUUCUUUUGCAGUGAUAUCAUGAUGAUCCAGUGCUGCCCAGGUGUUCAUUUGCAGUGAUAUUCUGAUGAUCCAGUGCUGCCCAGGUGUUCAUUUGCAGUGAUAUUCUGAUGAUCCAGUGCUGCCCAGGUGUUCAUUUGCAGUGAUAUGCUGAUGAUCCAGUUUGCCCAGGUGUACAUUUUAUUAUGAUGAUCCAGUGCUGCCCAGGAGUUCAUUUGCAGUGAUAUCCUGAUGAUCCAGUGCUGCCCAGGUGUUCAUUUGCAGUGAUAUUCUGAUGAUCCACUGCUGCCCAGGUGUUCAUUUGCAGUGAUAUGCUGAUGAUCCAGUUUGCCCAGGUGUACAUUUUAUUCUGAUGAUCCAGUGCUGCCCAGCUGUUCAUUUGCAGUUAUAUGCUGAUGAUCCAGUGCUGCCCAGGUGUUAGGGUUAGGGUUGAGGUUAGCGUUAGGGGGAGUGGAGGGUAGGCACUGCCCGUCUACAACCUGUCCAGGCAACGCCCACGCCAAACGCAGGACCCCCCAAGGAACCUGAAAGAGAGCAGUCUGAGUCGGUGUUAGAUGCGGUUAGGGUUAGGGUUGGGGUUGGGGUUAAGAUUAGGGUUUGGGUAAGGGUGUGCACUGUCCGUCUGCAAUCCGUCAGGGCGACGCCCACACCAACCGCAGAACCCCCCGAAAACCCCGAAAGCGAAAACCGCCAAACUCCGGGGUGUGCAAUGUGGUGGCAAACACGGCCAAAUCGUUGUGGAUGUCCAACGACGCGUUUCGGUCCCCUAGACCUCAUCAGGUUGGCUUUCAAAUGCAGGAUGUGUACCAUCUUUUUGACUGCGUUACCUCAUGCCGAGUGGGACACUACUAAUUCCCUAGUAGGUGGAGCACUACUAAUCUCCUGAGGCCAAAUAAUAACGGCUUCUCUGCUUGUCUUUGCAGCUGGAUGUCCCUUCAUAAGCAGCUGGAGAGCGAAUGAGCCGGUGGGGUAGCUGGAGGACUUAUUUAUGAGAUUCUGCAGGGGGUGGGGCUUCAGCUCCCCACUGCAGUGUCACUACAGACCUCUCAGACACAACCACACAUGUAUGUGGAAAUAUGCUUGGUCUAUGAUGUGCCUCAGACUCCUGUACAAGUGUUUGAGUCCCUCACCACACUGACAUGGUGCCCCUUGCACACACGUUCCUAGGAAAAAAGAGUCCCCAGGGAGCCCACGACCGGCGGGACGCCACCCAAGCGACGGAUUGGAGGCUACGGAGAGCCUCAGUCUUGCCACCGCCACUGCCAGGGCGCAACCCGACAGGAGCGAUGGGUGCUCAUCCGCCAGAACCAGCGUGUGGACAUCUGGAGGUAGCAGACCCGGUGAUGGUUCUCAUUCGGACCUGGGAGUGGAAGGUCGUAUUUGACUUGAUGGUGCCACUCGGGACUGAGGUUGACGGACGGGACAAAAGUGAGGCCUUUGUCGAGGAGGGAGCGCUGCGAGGAGGUGAGUAUAAAGUGUUUAGAUAAAUUUACGAUGUUGUUGUUUGUGGUGGUGUUGUUGUUGUUGUUGUUGUUUGUGUCUCCCCCCCGACAGGUCGGGUUUUUGGGGACGCCAAGUUUAAAUGCUGAAGCCAGUGCUUCAGCACGUUCUUGGCAGUCUCCUCGGUCCAGUGCAGGUUGUCCCUCCCCGUAGCGAACUCAUCGCUGUAUGGCCUCUGCAUGGCGAAAGUUGGCCCCUGGGUAGCUGUCCAUCUGAAGGUCCUGGAGACGGACGGAUGGAAGACGACUGAUGUUGGAGUCACCAAUCACCAGGACCUUCUUAUCGACAGACAGGCCGAAGUGACGGUUCUAGGCCCUUUCCGGAUUCCAGCAAAAAAUUGGGACCAGCUCGGACCCGCUUCCGGAACCGGCGUGCGUGGAGGAGGAGUGUCCACGAGGGGCACGUCCGGAAGAGGCGCGUACGGGAGAGAGGAAGUCGGCGAGGGUGGUCCCGGUUGGCCAGAACCAAGUUGGGACCAACUAGGAGGCGUGUCAGGGGGCAGCUGGGACCACCCUGGAGGCAUAUCAGGGGAUGACGCCGGCUGCUCAGGUAGCGGUGGCGCGUCGGAGACCGCAGGAGGGACCCUGACUUCGGUCUCGACAUGCGAAUGCGGCCUGGGUGGCGGGACCAGGGGAGGACUGCUGCAUGGCUCCUGGAGUCGUGUCCCUCUCUGGUGCCGCAGCCAGAGAGGAAGGCGACAAAACCGGGAAGGGGACCGGGGUGACCUGUCCCCUAGGACCCGGGACCCGUUCCACCACAGGGGACCAAUCUCUGACCAUAGGGUCGGUCAUGGUGGACACCGUGGUGCGCGUAGGAGCGUGCAGGGUCGGAACCUGCAGGGGCGGCGAGGGGUGCACCACCUCCAUCACAGCCCGGGUGCUGGACAAAUCCGAGUCGACCAGUGACCCCGUCUGCUCAGAUCGCGCAGGACUCACCACCUCGUCCACAACACGAACGUCUACACCAGGGGUGCCCAUUACGUCAAUCGAGAGCUACCAGUCGACCGCGGGGGGUGUGUCAGUCGGUCUCGAGCCAGGCUUUUAAAAAAAAUAAACCUAAAAAUUAGUGAUCAUCAAUUUUCACCAAGACGUCACUUAAAUGACAUUCACGGUACCGGAGGGUCUUGUGAGAUGACGCUGGCUGCUGCAAGAUCAUUAUUAUUAAAAUAUGACCGAGAGGAAGGCGAGAAACACUUUUUAUUUCAACAGACUCUCGCGCCGUACCUUCCGUCAAAACUCUAAAGGCCGACUGCACAUUUCCUAUCUUCACAAUAAAAGCCCUGCUUCAUGCUGCCUGCGCUAACUAAAUAGA